UACCCUAAGAAACCCACCUCAAAUCUUGUUAGCUUGUAAUCAAUUCUCUCAACCCCACACCACCUGCACAAAAGACACAGCCCUUUUUGCUCUCCCCUCCCUCAAUAAUUUAAUCAAACGCCUUAUCAUCAAUCGUCUUUCUGCCCUUCAUAUAUAAGCUGAAAGUUCACAGCCGAUUAUACCUCUCUUAAUCUCACACAUUGACAAAUGAGGUUGCGAUUUUUCACUCUCCAGAUGAUCCCAUGGUGUUUCCAGUUGAUGGGCAACCACAAUCUCUCUCGCGUGCAGCUUCGUCACACCCAUCAACAGCGCCAGGUUGUGGGUACCAUCAAGCUCGUCAAAUCCGACGGCCUGGUUUUGAUCUACCACAGCCCAAUCUAUGUCUCCGAGCUCAUGAUGGAGUUUCCGAAACACCUUGUGUGCCGGUCCGAUUCGUUCUAUAUCGGACAAAAGAUCCCGGCUCUCUCUGAAGACGACCAGCUUCAGCUCGGCCACAAGUACUUUCUGCUACCUCAACACUUGUUCCAGUCGGUGCUUUCUUUCGUGACCAUUGCUUCGUUCAAUACCAAAGACUCGUCAAAAACCGCGUUUCUAAGGAAGGCUGUGAAUUGCGAGCCGUUUGAUAUUCAGAAAACGCCAUCUGGGUGCUUGAGGAUACGCGUUUCCGACGAGUUUAUAUCCCAGAUGUUGGAGGAAGGGAAGCUCAACGAGGAAGCAGCAAAUAACGAAGAUGAGGCAAAUAAUUUUGCCAAAGCCAAGAGCGGGGUUUGCACCACGGCUCAGUUGCAGAAAGACUACACGCAGCUUGUUGGGUCACGGCAAUGGAAGCCGAGGCUUGAGCCCAUCAGAGAGACGAGGGAGAAGAGCAGAAGGCUGUCUUCGUUUGGGAUGAGAAGAUCUUCCAAGAAGAAAUCUCAACCCAACUCAUUAAAGGAGUCCCAGAACCAAAAGAGUUCUAGUACUGCUACUUCCAAAGCCAAGAUCAAGAUCAAGAUCAAACCAUCCAGGAAAUGAUGAUUCCGUGGAUUGUUAAUUAGUUAGGAGUUAAGUAGGAGGGUCCUCUGUUUGGAUUUUGAUUGAUAUGAAGUGAAUAUAUGUUCUGCAGUUCAUACUGAUUUCUCACAUCACACAGCAAUGUAAAUACAUGACUCUGUUUUCAUGCUCUUUUUCAAUACAAAUUACUCUCUUUCUCAUUGCAC